CCUCAUAAUUGGGGCGCAAGGCAGGACCUGGCAAAAUUGUAAAUACAAGCCUUGUCCCAUGCCCCCUUGGGUAGUUUCACAUCACCCCCUGAAAAUUACAAAACCACACUUUCCCGCCCACUUCUACCUCCUACUCCUCCUCUUCUUCUUUUCUUCUUCAGCUUCUCCUUUCUCUCUCUGCAUCUUUUCCCUACCCUCUGCCUCUGUCGGCAAGUUUCCUCUAAGGGUUUCGGCGAUGCCAGAUUUGGGAAACCUUUCUCUCUCCGCGCCUCUCACACUCUCUCGCUGCUCCUCCAAUGAUGCCCUUGACGCUCCCGUCAAAACCCUACCCAAUGCUUUCAGUUCCGAGCCUGGUUCCGAACCUGCCUUUGAGCCUCGGGUUUUGAAGCGCACCCGAGGCUCCCUGGAUCGGGUCAAGAAGCCCCCCAUCGCCGACAAGGCCUUCCAGGAUCGCCUCAAAGAUCUUCCUUUUCUAGUUGGCGCUCCCAUGAUGGAAGAAUGUUGUUUUUGCUGCCAUUUUAUUUACCCUGGUGAUGAUGAGCUCUUGUGUUCGGUUCGAGGAUGUGACGCACGCUACCAUUCUGAAUGUGCAAAAGAUGCUGUUGGGGCUUCCAAUCUGAAAAAAUUCAAGUGUCCACAACAUGUGUGCUUCAUUUGCAAGCUAAAGAAGCAGUUUAGGUGUGUUAGGUGUAAAAUAGCAUUCCAUAGUAAAUGUGCACCAUGGUCAGAUUCAGUGGUGCAACUAAAAGAUCAUCCCGGGCAAGCUGUUUGCUGGAGGCAUCCUUCUGAUUGGCGCUUGGAUAGAAAGACUGAUGCUUCAACAAGUGACAUUUCGGAAGUAUUUUGUCGCUUGCCUCUUCCAUUUAUCAGUGAGGAGUUUAAGAUUGACUUCACUUGGAAAGACAUGGACAAUAAGAUGGAGCAGCCAUCACCAUAUGUACACAUAAGACGCAAUAUAUACUUAGUAAAGAAGAAACGUAGUGAUGCGGAUGAUGGUGCAGGGUGCACCAGUUGCAGUUCUACUUCUACAUGUUCUGAUGAUUGUGUGUGCAGGGUUCAAUGCAUAAGCUGUUCAAAGGCAUGUCGCUGCUCAGAAAAUUGCAACAAUCGACCAUUUCGCAAGGAGAAAAAGAUCAAGAUUGUCAAGACUGAACUUUGUGGAUGGGGAGUGGAGGCCGCUGAAACAAUUGAUAAAGGUGGAUUUAUAAUUGAGUAUAUUGGAGAAGUCAUUGACGAUGCUUUAUGUGAAAAAAGGCUUUGGGACAUGAAAUACAGGGGUGUACAGAAUUUUUACAUGUGUGAGAUUCGGAAAGACUUCACAAUAGAUGCAACUUUCAAAGGAAAUACUUCACGCUUUUUGAACCAUAGCUGUGAUCCCAACUGUGUUUUGGAGAAGUGGCAAGUUGAUGGUGAAACACGUGUGGGUGUAUUUGCCGCUUGUUCAAUAGAAGCUGGAGAGCCGUUAACAUAUGAUUACAGGUUCUCCAAUGCCAUUAUGCCUACAAUACCCAUUUCCAUCAAACGGAUUAUCCGUGUUUGUUUUUGCCAGCAGUUUUUCCGUUAUCUCCUUCACAGAUUCCAUUGCCUGCCACAACACUUCAAACUGCAUCUUGUUGUUGAGCCUCAUCAUGUUGGCAUUGAAUCUCCUCUAUUCUGGCUUCUAGGACUCGGUUUGACCCCAUAAUGGACCUUUCAUGAAUUUUCGAUCAAGAAAGCUCCAAGUGACUGCUGAUUUUGUACCCACAAUGCACAUGUGAAUUGCUGAUAGUUCGAUACUAGUUGAUAGAACAGGUUUCGUAACAGGGAGAAAGAACCCUUUCACUGAAUGAAGCUAGAGAGAAGCCCCUAGAAGCAAUACAUGAUUCUAGAUAUUUCAAAAGAUUUGUGCAAUUUGGUCCAGAGGUGAAAUGCCACUGUGGUGCUGCAAAUUGUCAAGGCUUUCUAGGGACAAAAAAGAAAAUUGGCAAGCUAGACCUCUAUUGGGGUUCAAAACGUAAGAGAACAUCGAAAGCUUCUUGCAUUA